AUUUCGAAGAUUAGCGCUAUAUUUUUCAUCAACACGGCGAUAGGGCUCUUUAAUAGACAUUUCGACGAGAGACCCGCGUUAUGCUGAUUUGCUUGCUUCUUGAGAAUAGCUAGAGAGUGACAAAGAUGCCUACUUUCUCGAGCACAAAUUUUCUGAACUUUGAAGAAGAGGUCAAGAUUGCCGCCAGGAACAGAGCCAUCGAGAGACUGGCACAAGAACUGCAAUGUCCAGAGCAGCUUACAAAGCUAGAGCACGUUCGCCUCAAGAACUACAACGAGGCGAUUUCGUUGGAAACGCAGCUCAAGAAUAUUGUAAACUCUCAGCUCAGGGAUGCGCAACAAGGGAUCGAACGACUUCGUAGUUUUUUGAAAGUCAAUGACACAAUCAAAAGCAAUGACGUCUAUGUCCGGAAGUUGGCUCAGGAAACCAGCGAAUUGAUUAUGUAUUACAAUUAUAUUCAAGAAAUGAACACGACGCUGAUCAAUUUGAGAUCCACAAAAGAGAAGCUCGAAUCUUUGAUACAAAUUCCGGAUAAGCUCAACAAGAUUAAAAAACUAUUUCAAAACGAGAACAAUAUCCUCCAGGUGCACACAGAACUGAGAAAGUUGAAAUAUGAGCGCGACAGAGUGAUCAGCCGGGCUUCUCAAUUCCCGUCUCAGCAACACGAGCUCGAGUACAUUUUCAAGGGCGUCGAUGAGCUAAACGAGCAACUCAACGAGUCCAUUUUGUUAGUCCUAGAUGAUCAUUUUAAUCUGGCCCUCAAAAAGCCAGAAAUUGUCGUAAAGGUGAUGCAAAUCGUCAUGAGGGAAAACAAGAUCAAAAUAACAGCAGAUAAUGCGGCGCUGUGCAUAAAGGAAUUAGACAGCGCGUUGACGACGGACGACGAUGAAAGAACCAAGAAUAUCAAAAUGAAAGAUAGAAAGCGCUUCGAGUCGAUCGUUAACAAGACUCCAAAUUUUGACUAUUUUGAAUUGGCCCAGCAGCGAAUAUCUCAGAGCAUUAAGUCCACCUUCAAAGCCGAGUUCUUGAAUUGCCUGGUAACCAAAGAGGAGGUCUCGGAAGAAGGAGAUCAAGCACUAGUCGGGACUUACGAUGCUCAAAAAUGUAUCAACGUGACGAGAAAUUUGAUUAUUAACCUAGAAAAGCUAGAAGAUGUUCAAUUAGUAUUUCCUGAAAUGUUUGACAUUCGAACUCUCUAUUUUAAAAUCUAUCACGAAGGGUUCUUUGAAGUUUUUUCGGACAUCUCCGAAGUUGCGGCAAAAAAGCCGAAUCCGUCUGCUGAUGCGAUCCUAAUUGCCAAGUGGGUCAAAAAUUUCUACGAACCUCAAAUGCUUCGUCUAAACAGUCCAAUUGAUACAUCCAAUAUGAUCAACAGCUUGGAUUUCUUGAUGCCUGCGUACAAAGAAUACGUUUACAACACGGUCGAAGAGCUGGCCAAUAGAAUAGCUUCUAUGGGCAAAGAUUCUGAACUGGAGAUACUCGACGAUGGAACGUACACCAUGGCCCCUGUACUGCUAUUCAAUAUUGUUCAAGUACAAUUCGAUGUUGCCAUAUCCUCAAGCUCGCACACUAUAAUAAUUGCGACACUCGAACAACUUCGAAAUGUCCUUUUUUCUUACCAACAAAAAUUCCGCGAUUUAUUUUUGCAAGAAGUGAACGACUAUCAAAUUGACCACCUGAUUGCGCAAAUCAAUAACAACAAUAAGUGCUACGAGCACACCUUGGACUUGGAAGAGAAGGCUGCUCGAGUCCUAAAGGAGGCCUACCCAAAAGAGCCCAUUUUUAUGGACGUGGCGGAUGGCUUUCAAGAUCUCAUAAAAAGCUGCCGCAAGGCUUUGCUAAAGCAUUGCUUUUCCAUUUUGGAGGAAGACUGCGCUAAGCUUUUCAACAAGCCUUGGUACAAGGAAGAUGUUUCAGAAACCAUCGUUAGCACACUAAAUGACUAUUUUACAUAUGAAAUUAAGGGGAAGCUGCUGGAUGUCUACUUUCGACGCCUGACUGCUGAGUGCUUAAAUAAAAUUGUAGCCAUUUAUGUAAAUCAAGCACUCAAUCGAUCUCAGCAGCCGUUCUGCGAAAAAACUGCAGAAAAAUUAAAAAGCGAUGCAAAUCAUCUGCACGCAUUUUUCACUACUUGGCAAGUACGAGAGAAACUAGUCAAAACGAAUCUACAGGUCUUGCAUGAUAUAGCCAAGUUAAUUACUUCGUCCUCAGAAAAUAUUUCUAUUGCUAUGGAGUGCGCUCUUAGAAAUUCACCUGACAUCACCGGCCAAGCAGUAAAAACGAUACUGCUCAAAAGAGAGGAUAUAGAUAGGAAACAGGCCAAGUCCUUGAUGGAGCAUUGGCACAAAAUUUAUGAAAAUCUGGGUCCAAAAGAACCGCCUACCUCUGGUAUAUUUUAUUCUGUUAUGUCUGCAGAACAAUAGAGAUUGUGUUUUAAAACGUGACUGUGUUCCCUCCUAACGCACGCACGGUUCGAAAAUGGCAAAUUGAAAAUCUUAUUAGACGACAACCUUUCAAAAACACAAAUUUAGCAGAGUGCGCGUACAUCUGAUUCAAAUACGCUCUGCCUGCUUUGUGUGAAGUAAAUUUUUCAGUUACUGAUACACUUUAUUGAAGAUACAACAAAUGACUUUAUAUUCGUUCCCGAAACUGAGGUUAUCCAGCAAAGUCUUGAUUGGAUUGGGAGCGAUAGGCAUCAUUUGCAUGUAUUUUUUUGUUCCGACAAAUAAAUUCAAUGCUGCACAGAAAAUAUCUGAAAUAAUCACCAAACUUGGGGUUUAUGCACCCAUAGUCCUUUCGUUGAUUCUCACUAUUUGCAUUGUGGCAUGCUUCCCAUUUAGUUUUGCUUUCGAAUUAGCAGCUGGAUUUCUGUUUGGUACAUUAGGCGGAUUUCUAAUUAUCGCAGUGGCGAAGCUAUGCGGCGGGCUAAUCGCCUUCUAUCUUUCGCGGUCAUAUCUGAAAAAUUUCGUUUCACAACGUCUAAGUAAUUCGCCAAAUUUUGCUAAACUUCAUCAUGAAUUGAAUGCCGACUCGCUGAAGCUCGCAAUCAUGCUUCGACUUUCACCGUUUCCAAGCUGGAUGGUUAACUAUGGACUAGCAUUGACGCCUAUUACUUACAAAAAUUACAUCUUGGCUACUAUUUUGGCUGGAUUUCCUGGUAUUUUAAGAAAUGCCUAUAUUGGAUCAAUUAUGAAAAAUUUUUUGGCCGCAGGUGAGAGCAGGGUAAAUGACUGGAGUUAUUACCUCAUGGGCGUUAUCACUAUUUUUACGUCUAUCAUGGUCACCAGAUACGUUUAUAAAUAUUUUAAAUUGGUUACUUCGUCUUCUAGCCCUCAAAAUCAGCCGAGAACGUUUGAGCAGCCAAAGUCGUCCAGAGCUUCUUUUGAUAUAGAAAGCAACGAAUUGUAUUAAGAGGACUUCUUGUCACUGAAUGCGAAAUAGAAGAAGGUCAUAAUAUUGAAACACAUAUAAAAAUGAGCUACUGUUUUUUGAUUGAUUCCAACAUUCAAAAAAUUUGUUCAGAUUGCCUAGAUUUUAUUCCUAAAUGCAGUUCGCACCUACGUCUCUCAUCUACCUUCCGUUUCUGCGAAUACCAGGUGCAGUUACAAUUUGCAUCUGAAGUAGAAUAGGCUACCAAAAAAAAAGAGUCAAGUGCAGUUUUUUUAAGUUAUGUGAGGGGUGAUAACUUGUAAUUUUUCGAAUUCUCGGCUUAUGGCUUACCGUUUGUUGUGCAAGCAACAGCUGUUGAUUUUUGGAUAUGGAAGGGCCCAGUUUUUGGUUCUUGAUACACAUGCAUCUCUGCUUUUUAGUCAAACUUCGGAGUAUCUUUCAUCAUCAAUAUGCCAGAGAAAAAAGCACAUUACUGUAAAUUUCACAGUAUCAGCUUAACGUAGAGCUGUUUUCUUAGCGCAUAUUGCUUUCAGCUGCUUGGGGCUACAUUAAAACUGGAGACCGACCUAUGUGAAGCUAUAUGAAGUGGUUUCGUGCGCGCGACAUUGUGGCUUUCUUUUUGAUGAGGGUUGUUAAUUUUCGCUUACUGAAGGUGGCUAUUGAACUGGGUUCAUAUUUUCUUCAGUUUAUGGCAGACGUGAAUUCUUUUUACUGAUUGACAAUUCACAUAAUUUCCUCGGCUCAUUUCUCAUUUGUUUCCUGAUCAUUGAAAAAGGCUAGCUUUUAUUUUGUUUUUGGGUCAACCUGUUUUCCCUGUCGAAUCAUCCUUCGGUUUAUUGCCGUAACUGGGAAGCGUGCGGAUUCAGAAAGCGAUGCUUUCUAGUUACAGCAUUGACAAAUAUCGGUCGAACAAAAGGAUUCUAGACUUCAAGCUGAAGCCGACUUCAAACACAGUUGGCCCUUUUGUUUUGGGCACCAGAAUUGGCGAGGUGUUUGACUAUCUGUGUAAGCAUAGUACAAAGUAUUCGCAGAAUCAGUUUUAUUACAAUGAGGCCGAUCCGUUGUCGAUGCCAUAUGUGAUCAACUUGACGAAUUCUGGUGUUUCGCUGAGAUUUGAAUCCAAAAGUCAGAGGCUUGAGUCAGUCAAAUUCGAAGAUUUGUCUAAGGUGGACGUUUCCUACCACAAGGACUCGGGCAACACCAUCACGUUUUCGACUCCCGAGAACAUUGCGACGAUGACGGCGAUAUACAGCACGUUUGGGCCCACAAACAUUGGGCAUUUUGAAGAGGACAAUUCCAAGUACUUGUUGGAAUAUCCUGGACUGGUUUUUGUGUUUGCAGUGCCCAAAAAGUUCAAAAAAGUCAAACUGGGCGAGAAUCCGGAGCCGUCUCAGGAACUGUACAAGAUUCAGCUUGAGAGCAUAUACUGUCGAAGCAAAGAUCCGACAGUCAAAUACAAUGAAGACAAGGUUUGGGUGAAUAUUGGACAGGGGAUCACAAUAGCCAAGGACCAGAGUACUAAAACGAUUCCGUUCGGAGCAUCCGUACAAGAGGUGGUAGAGGCUUUAGGAGUACCUCAGGACCAAUUUAGAAAACAGGAGGAUACCAUGAGCAUUUACAAGAAAGUAAAUCGAAAUCAAACCAUGACGUGCAUGAACUAUGAAGUUAGCGUUAAUACAGUAGACUAUUUUUUUAAUUAUUUUGAUCUUGGUUUAGACAUUCUCUUCGAUGGUCGGACUCACGUAGCCAAAAAGUUUAUACUGAAUACCAAUUUGCCUAGUCAGCCGCAUUUUGUGACAUACAGAAAGUGUCACUAUGAGAUUAAAUUCAGGCGUCCGCUUCUGUCGACGUGCAUGGAGGGGCAGGCGCGCAGCCCUUCAUCAGAAUGUCAGUUUCUCGCCAAGUCGGGAAAGGAAGAAGAAGGAUCUGGGUAUACGAGCGCAGAGAGGGGACGAGUCGUCAAGAGAGUGGAGCCGAGUGGUCAUGCAGGAAAAGAAGUGAAAGAGAGGAGGGGAACCAAAGAGACAGACGAGCAACAAGUGCCGCAAGGCGAGGGUGAGGAGGGAGACACAAAUCGUCCUUCUUCGCAUUCGCCAUGCGAGUUUAUAAAAAUAACGCCUGAAAUGCGCUGGCACGAAAUCGAGCAAUAUUUCGGACAGCCACUUGGAUUGUUCUGGGCGCCAUCGCCGGUUGGCACGCCGUUCGACGGAACAGGAUUUUACGCCUAUAAGAAUCUUAUAUUCGAAGUGACAAAAAAAAACGGCUAUGUAUCGAAAAUUUUUCUAUUUAAUAAAUAGUUUGUGUGGUCUUUUUGUGUGU